AUGUUGAAGAUUGACGGUGAGAAAAUUAGAAAGUUGGACCAAUUUUUUCAAGUACCUCAUGAUGCUGGAGAAGAUCUCACUGUGCUUAAGAAUCCGGAUCUUGAGCCGAUGCCUGCGGAGAGAAGAAUAUGGGGCAUCUGGUCUUUCUUUGGUUAUUGGGGUGUUCCCAACAUUACAAUCUGGACAUGGAGUACAGGGUCCGCUAUGCUUUCUCUAGGACUAAAUAUUCAACAUACGAUGGGGGCUUUGACCUUAGGUAAUGUGAUGAUAUGUCUCUAUACAUGCCUUAAUUCGGGACCUGGAACUAGAUACAAAAUUGGAUAUACAGUUUGCCAACGUAUGAUUUUCGGCAUUUACGGUUCCGGAAUAGGUAUAUUGAUCAGAAUUUUCCUCUCUAUCGUUUUCUAUGGCUCCCAAAGCUGGCUUGGUGGUCUAGGAUUUGUCGUUAUGUUUUCUUCAUGGAGCAAAAGCUAUAUGAAUAUGGAAGAUACCUUCCCCUCGAGUCUGGCUAUGACCACUAGAGAUUUUAUUGGCUUUCUCGUGUUCCAAGCAGUGCAAUACGGAUUUUUUUUUCUAAAGCCAGAAAAGAUGAAUAAACCGGUCAACUUUUCUUGUUUGAUUACCAUAAUUGCCAUGGGCGGUGUUUUUAUCACGACUCUAGCUAAGAAUCAUGGAGCCGGACCAAUUUAUUCACAGCCAGUGACUUUAAGUAAGGGGUACACUGGCUGGAUGUGGCUUUACUCAAUGACUAUCUGGUAUGGUGCUCUCUCCCCGGAUUGUACCAAUCAGUCCGACUUUUCAAGAUUUGCAAGUUCUAAAAAGAAGAUGUACAUUGGAAUUAUCUCUUCUGUUAUGUUAACAGGUACAGUUGUUCCUCUGAUGGGAUUACUUUGUGCUUCUGCUACCCAACAACUCUAUGGCACUGAACUUUGGCUUCCAACAGAUAUCUGUCUACAAUGGAUGGCUGAUAAUUAUUCACCAGGUGCUAGAGCUGCUUCCUUCUUUUGUGGACUUGCUUUUAUGUCUUCUCAGAUGACAUUUAAUGUGAUCGCCAACGGCUUUGCUGGAGGUAUGGAUCUGGCUGGAGUGGCACCGCGUUACAUUAACAUAAGAAGAGGCGCUGUCAUUACAGCGCUAAUAUCGUGGGCAACUCAGCCAUGGAAUUUCUACAACUCGUCCUCAGUAUUCAUUACUGUCAUGAGUUCUUUUGGUGUAAUAGUCACUCCGAUAAUUGCAAUCAUAGUUGCUGAUUUUCAUAUUGUCCGCAGAGGUAAAUUGCCAUUGUCACAUCUUUAUAGUACAAGUCCUGAUGGAACAUUUUACUUCACAAAGGGGUUCAAUUUCAGGGCAAUAUUCACUUGGACAUGUGGUGUGGUUCCCGGACUUCCUGGACUCGCAGAUGCAGUAAGUCCAAUAAGUGGAUUUCCAGAGGGAAUGAGAAACUUCUUUUAUGGAAAUAUUAUAUUCGCGUUCUUCUGUCCGCUGAUAUUGUACGUGAUAAUCUGCAAGAUUUUCCCAUUGAAAAAUCUCGGAAUGGUUGAUGAAGAAGGUGUAUAUGAAGAUUUCACCACAGAUGACCUUGAAAAUAAUGGAAAAUAUUCCUAUAAGCUCACCACUCUUGAGGGAAUCGAGGGUGAUACCAACGAAGUAGGGAAGGAAAUAAAUUUCAAAGCUUGA